AUGAAUGGAUUUUCAACGAGAUGGUGCGGAUUUACAGCAAUUUCAUUGCUCGUGGUAACCGUACAUGCUCAACCUCAACUCAAUCCUAUCAGUGAUCUUCUGGCUGGAGAUGCGAAUUUGGCUGGUCCAGGUGUACGAGUACGAGUUACAACGUCUGGAACUGCUUAUGUAACCAGAAUGGUGGCGAAGACCUUGACUCCCGAGAUAGCCAGAGCCAAAAUGCCAUUUGAUCCAAAACCAGCAGUGAUGGACUCACUACCCACAGUGACCCUCUCGUCCAUGGAACUCCUUCUCUUUCAAACCCCGGAGAUUUCUGACGUUGUCCCAAGAACACCCGAUGUUGUUGCCGUCAGUAUGCGGGAUAUGAAUCUCAGCGUCAGCGCCAUUGGAUCCGGCCACAUUGACGAUGUCCCACUGACUGGAUCUGUCACUAUACAUACAAAUCGUUUUCAUCUGGAUGUGCAUGUCCAAAUCAAACGCAACACUAGAGGAAACCCCAGCUUGAGGGUUGCAUUAUGUCGGGCAGCUGCAAAUUUUCCCGUCAUGGUAACAGUGCAAAAUUCGUUGACACCCGAAAGUGGUGCAAGAUUCGCUGAUGCUGUCUCCCGCGAUGGAUACAAACUCUUCGAAAAUCUUCUUUGCCCUCGCAUAAUUUACUUGGUCGAAAAGAGAAUUAAUCAACGCUUUGGUUUGUUGUCAUCGAAGAUUGCACUGGGAGACUUAAACAAUUUCGAUAUGGUCAAAAGCCUAUUAGCUGCACAAGAUGAGUUUCGUCGCACUAUUCGACGAAACAAAGCGAUCGCACGAGAUGUACCAUUCCCGCGAAGGAGAUUUGUCACUCGACCUCUCACAAGAGUACAACGCCAGAGUCGUUUGCAAACGUUUAUAGACAGCUUCAAUAUGUCCCGCGCCGAUUCGCUCAUACUCGAUUACGGUAUGAUGGAGGCUCCAUUGAUCUCCUCGCGUGGCAUAGAAAUAGCGACAUCGGGCGAGAUCUCCCGCUCCGGGUCUCGUACUCCAUUUGGGCCGCACCCGAUUUCAUUGCCUCCACCGACAAGCAGCGCCUUUCUUCAAGUGGCCGUAUCUGAUUUUGUCCCAAAUAGUUUGAUGUAUCAUGGGCAUAGAAUCGGUGCUUUCAACACACGUGUUGAUCCAAGUACCCCUCAAUUUGGACCAGUAAUGCGAACAACAUGCGACUUAACUACUGGGUCAUUAUUCUGCGUAGGAGAUUUAUUUCCGACACUCAGGGAUCAAAAUCCCGGUCGUGGCGUCGCAUUCAUGUUUUCGACACUCAAAGCUCCUGCGGUGAUAGUUCGUCCUCCCGAGCAUGGUGGGAUCCGCUUCCAGCUCACAGGAUUGAUUGAAGUUUUAUCGAUUGAUGCCAAUGGCGACACACCAGUUGGCUCCAUGGAGAUAUACAUAGACGCCUCUAUGAAAAUGAAGAUGACAUCGCGUAUUGUACGCGGAAGAGUCAGUUUAGAAACAAUAAAACUGACUUCACGAUCUCCACAAGUGCUGGUUCAAGAAGAGCUGGACGACGCUGGUUUCCUUUCACGCGAAAUCUUACAACGUAUAGUAAACGACAUUCUCAAACAGGGAGUUCCUAUACCUGUACAUCCACUGUUCAGGCUUCAGAAACCAAAGCUGACGCUAGGAGAUAGGGCAAUGCUUCUGGAGACGAACUUCCAGCUCAAUCAACGCCUCAUUCAGCAACUGACAGGAGAAAGACUAGUAUAG